UUUUUAUUUUGUUUUUAAGUUGUUAUGUAGUUUUUUUUUAGUUGUUGAAGUCUUUCACAAAAAAUAACUUCACUUUUUUUCCAUUUUCUUUUUCCUUUAUUUUAUGUAUCAAGAAUUUCGUUGAUUUCAAUGACGGCCCUACUCAAAUAGAUGUUGAGGCUAUUGUUCAGUCCAGUGUAAAAGCAGUUGAGAUUAUGGUAAUUUUGCUUUUGUGUUGUUUUUUGGUUGUGUAAAGGUUGUUAUUUUUUAACCAUGCUCUAAUUCCUUUUUAAUACCAUAUAUAAACAGAUGUCUUCAGAUGGAAUUGGUGGUGAUCCUUGUAAACAGAUUUCAGUUUCUGAAAAUGUUGAGGUUACGGAUCGUCGUCUUGUUUGUUUUGAGAUGGGUGCAACAGGUCUCAAUGUUGAUUCUAACAUUGAACUUGAAGAUGACCCAAUUCCCGUUGAAGAAACUCCUCUUGUUGACAAGAGGAAAUCUAAGAAACCCAUAGCGCUGACGUCUCCGUUUAUGGAGUAUGACUCUUCCAUUUCUAGUUCUAAAGAUGGUUCUGGUUAUGGAGUUGUUAAGUAUGUGGCUGGGUUGUGUCCUCUCGAUGAUAAGAUUGGUGAAGAUGUAGAACAUAAAGACGAGAUUGAUUUUGACUUGUGGCUUGGUGAAGGACGUCGAUCGAAGAAAGAUCCGUAAGUGUUUAUUUUCAGCAUUUUUGUUGUGUUUUUGUAUUUUUUGUUUUUUACUUUACUAUUUAUGUUUCAUUUUUUUUUAAAUGUUAGGCAUGACAAGGAGAAGGUUUACUUGAAGGGUAAGGAUAAGAUUGUUCCCCCUUUUCGUUUUGGCGUGGAAGAUGUUGCAACCAAGAUGUGGUUCCACAAGCUUGCAUAUCCUGGCCAAUGUUUGACUAAUUCUGUAAGUUAAAUUAUUUUUUCUUUUGAUUUUUUUCAAAAAUUUCAGUCUAUAGUUUUAUUCAGGUUGUUUGUUGGUUGUUUUUUAGUUGUUGAAAUAUAAUUCAUUUUCUGAUUUUCGAACAUUUCUCAUUUUUUAUUGUUUAGCAUCUGGACAUCAUUUUUUACUAUCUACGUAAAAAAGGAAAGUAUGCAAAGGAGCCAAAGGUUAAGUUCACAACCACCGAUUGCUUAUUCUUCAAAACCAUUCAUGCUUUGUAUGAAAAAUUUAUUGCACAGAAAAAAAAUCUUUCUU